AACGCUCCCACAUUUGGCUAGCAUUGAGGUGACAUUUCUUCAGUUUUCGCUAAAGAGAAGCCCCAAAAUACCCAAUCUAGCCGGACAAGGAAACAGUGGUGUAAAAAGGCACUCUUUCCCAACCAUACCAUAACCAUACCAUGCUCAACCCCUUCCGGAAACCCAGCGAAGCCGAGGCUACCACCAACACGCCCGCUCGUACACACCAGACCUGCUCGCUCCCGCACGGACAACGGGGACAAUAAGCCGAUCGCGCGCGCGAGGGAGGGAGGGAGGACACCCACGACCCAGCAAAGCGGGCCGGCAGGAGGAGGGCUGCCAUGGCCGUGCCGCUGCCGCUGCCUCGCCCCAACCUCAUCAUCGCCCUUCUCCCCCUCCUGUAGACACCCAUCAUUGCACUCCACUCCCCCACCCCGAUCGUGUCGUCGUGUCCCCAGCUCUCGCCCUCCUCCUCCACUCCCCCCUCGUCUUCUUGCUCCUGCACGCCCGCGCCCGCGCUAUAUAUAUCGCCACCCGCGCGCCGUCGGCUUCCUCCAGCUCGACCCCGAGACCUCACCGGCACCGCACAGUACCGCUACAGCAGGCAGAGCCAUGGUGAACGCCUUCUUCGCGACCCUGGCGCGGGGGCUGGACGACCUGAGCGGCGCGGGCGGGCUGUCCUCGCUGCCGGCGCUGCUGCGUGCGGCGGCCCUGCUCAGGGGCCUGCACUCGCAGCUCAUGCUGCUCGUCGGCCAGCUCCACCUGCCGCCCGGCGGCCGGUGGCUCGACGAGUACAUGGACGAGACAGCACGCCUCUGGGACGCCUGCCUCGCCGUCAAGCUCGGCCUCGCCGCCGUCGAGCGCUACUGCGCCGCCGCCUCCUGCGCCGCCGCCGCCCUCGACGACUGGCUCCUGGACCCCUCCCCCCUCUCCACACGCCAGGUGAUGAGGGCGAUCUCGGCGUCGAGGAGGGAGGCCAUGGCGGCUGAGGAGGAGAACCGCGCGCUGUCCGAGUCGAGGAUCGCGCCGCUGUCCCUGCAGCUGGACGAGCGGCGCGCGGCCGACGCCAGGCUCAGCGGCUUCAACGGCUUCCGCGGGCUGCUCUACGCGCUGCACAACGCCAGCUCCCUCCUCCUGCUCAUCCUGGCCGGCGGCGCCGUCGCCGGGUCCCCGUGCUCGUCCUCCUCCGACGGCGCGGACGACGACGACGACAAGAACAACGGGUUCAUGGCGUCCAUCGCGACGCUGCAGAAGAGGAUGGCGGAGGAGGCCGCGGACGCGAGCGACGGCGCGCCGGGGAUGAUCAGGAUGCAGGAGCUGCGGCGCGCGCGCGCGGCGGCGGAGGCGGCGCGGGAGGAGGUGGAGCGCGCGGCGGCGGGCGGGGGCAAGUGCGGCGACCGGGACGGCGCCGUGAAGGGCAAGGCGGGGGAGCUCAAGGCGUGGCUGGAGGUGCUCCGCGCCGGCACGGACGGGCUGGUGUGCCAGCUCGACGACUUCCUCGACGACAUUGUGGAGGGCCGCAAGGAGCUCUCCGACCUCUGCAGCCACUGACUGAGCCCGAUCGUCGACGAAACGGCCAUGGAUGAAAUGAAAUGAUGGUGGUUUCUCCUGUCGCCUGGCUGCUUGCCUGCCUCUGCCUGGUACUGGUAGCGGUGGCUACGCGUGGUGGUGGUGUACAAGUAAAGCAAUGCUACUCCGAUCCAUAAGUGGGCGUCUUUUGCGGUGGCAGCGGCAGCGGCAGUGGCUGAGUCGCAGUACCGGUCUGGUAUGGGGAUCAUGGAGUGGAGUACUGUCGCAGCGUUUUGGUCAGUUCAUGAUGUUGUUGCACCGCCAUUUCUUUCUUGCUGGCUGGCUGCUGUACCCUGCACCACUGUACGUGCUGUGUGUGUCUCUCUCUCUGCCAUGCAAGUAGUACUCCAUUGGAGACACGAUAGCAACGAGAGGCCAAAUUUACGGUUU